CCUGGCUCUUCACAUCUGUUCACCGAUAGCGACUUCUGUGUGUGAAUCAUAUUGCUGGAUAAAAGAAAAGAAACAGUAAAUUAAAAAGGAGAAAAAAAAACAUAAAACUAUGGCUAAGAAUACCUCGAGCAGUGCAUUUCGUAAGAUCGAUGUCGAUCAAUACAACGAGGACAACUUCCGGGAAGACGAUGGCGUCGAUAGCGCUGCCGCCGGACCGGAUGAGAACGAAAUCACUUCGCUGCUGACCAAAGGCAAGAGUGUCGAGGCGCUGCUCAGUGCGCUGCAGAAUGCCCCAUUGCGUUGCAAGAACCAGCACGUCAAGGACAACGCCCUAAACAUAACGCUGCGUGUGCUCUUAUCAAUCAAAUCAACACAAAUGGAUCAAGCCAUCGAUAGCGUAGAGCAGAACGAUCUGAUCGAUGUGCUCAUGAAGUACAUCUACCGAGGCUUCGAAAUACCCUCGGAGGGAUCCAGCGGACACCUGCUACAAUGGCACGAAAAAGCAUUUGCUAAAGGCGGCCUUGGUUGCAUUGUUCGCGUUUUGUCCGACACGAAUCGUGCUUAAGGAACGCAGCAGGAUAAUACAAGGAUAAUAUACAGUCAAGCAUCUUAAAUACACACAUAUAGUCAUGGAUGUUGUCUACCCCCGAUGGAACACCUGAAGAACUGAAUGAAACCGCAGCCCGUGUCGAAGCUUGAGCCCUAGUUUGAUUUUUUGCCCCCAAUUACAAAUGACAAGAAGUUUUCCAAAUUAGAUUUUAACUCGUAUUCAAGUAUUAAAGUUUUUAUUACAAAAAAACAA